AGUUAAUAGUGAAUAAUUACUUAAUUUAAAUGAACUCAGUUCAAUCAAAUUAUGAAUUUAUUACGAUAAACAAAAUAAUUAAAAUAUUUAAAAUUUUAUACCGGUUUCUUUUAUUCUAGGGUGUGAAAAUUAAAAAACAAUUGUAUUCAUUUUAUAACACGUGUGCAAUAGAUUCAAUUGUACAAUCGUUUAUUGUUGGAGCAAUAGACCAUUCUGAAGUCGAAAAUGCAUUAAAAACAUUACAAAAGGAUUGUCCAUUUAUUGCACUUGCACUAUAUAUAAAAAAGAUGGGAGUUGCACAAUCUUAUGUAAAACGAGGCAGAAUUUUACUGGAGUUUCAUGAAAGUGCUAUACAGAAGACACUAAACAAAACAAAUAAUGAACUUCAAAAAGUAAUACACGUAGACUGCAACACAAAUGCUUUUGACAUGAUGUUAAAAUUAAUUGAAAAAUUACCAAUUAACAGAAUAGUCAGAAACUGUAAUAAUGGUUGCCCUCAAAGAACCCGAGAAACGAAUUAUUAUGUUUUGGAUAACUUACUCUUUAAGGAAGCUUUAAACGAAGUGGAAAUGCAAGAAGCAUUAACAGCUGACAGAGAUUGUAGCAGAAGAGGAUGCUUAGGACAAUCAGAAGUGCAAUAUGAUUCAAGUGGUCCAAUUAUCUUAAUUCAAUUAACGGACAUCAGGACAUUAACUCAUCUGGAUAACAUCCCGAUAAAAUUUUCUGAUGUACUUGGGACCUCUGAUUAUUAUUUACUGGUAGGAGUAAUCCGUUACAUUAACAAUGACCUUACCUCGACUAAUGGAUUAGGAAAACUGUCCAUGGGACACUACACAACAAUCUGUCGCAGAAAUAAUCUGUGGACCGAGUUUAAUGAUCUCAAUGCAGGAACACAAAGAACUCUAACCAAAGAUGUGGACAAAAAAGUCAACAUAGAAUUUCUAAUAUACAUUAAAGUUGAAAAAACGUAUAAAUAAAAUCAAUUAAAACUGUAUCACCAUGCCUUUAUAUUUAGACUGUAAUUCUUUUCUACAUUAAUAAAGAGCACCAAAUUUGA